AUGGCAACCCAGAUCUUCUUCCGAGUCUUCCCCAAAACCCAAACCGUAGCUUCCCUCUUCUCUCGCUUACUCUCCACCACCACCACCACAGUCACCGUCCCCUCUUCAUCUGCCAACUCUCUCCUUCGCCGACUCCGCCCUCUUUCCACCGCUUCCCUCACCUCCCGCCGUGUCCUCGUUCUCCCUAACUCCUUCCGCUCCUUCUCCACACGCGCUACCACCUCCUCACUCAACGACCCUAACCCUAACUGGUCUAACCGUCCCCCAAAGGAAACCAUCUUGCUCGAUGGAUGCGAUUUCGAACACUGGCUUGUGGUUAUGGAGAAACCUGAAGGUGAUCCCACAAGAGAGGAAAUCAUUGACGGGUAUAUCAAAACACUCGCCCAGGUUAUCGGUGGAAGUGAGGAAGAAGCAAGGAUGAAGAUAUAUUCUGUUUCAACUAGACACUACUUUGCUUUUGGAGCUCUUGUGUCUGAAGAGCUCUCCUACAAACUUAAAGAACUUCCCAAAGUUCGAUGGGUUCUACCUGAUUCAUAUUUGAAUGUGAAGGAGAAAGAUUAUGGAGGUGAGCCCUUUAUUAAUGGGCAAGCUGUUCCUUAUGAUCCCAAGUACCAUGAAGAGUGGGUUAGAAACAAUGCCCGUGCAAAUGAAAGGAACAAGCGCAAUGACAGACCUCGUAAUGCUGACAGGUCAAGAAACUUUGACAGGAGAAGGGAAAAUGUGGUGAACAGAGAUAUGCAGACUAGGCCUCCAAUGCAGAAUCCUGGGCCUAAUAUGGCUGGUCCGCCUCACAAUGCUGGUAGAUUUUCUUGA